GGUCGGUUGUCGUGUCGGGUUUCGUGGCUAACUGAAUUUGUAGGCUACUUUUCACACAGUCCGUUGUCGUUGACUGUUUGUUGUUGCUGUUGUUGUUUUUGCUUUUGCAUUGCACGUCGCUAACGCGCGCCUCCUCUACAGCCACGACCAGAGCAGCUAGCCCCUCCCUACCCCAAAGCAGCCCCUGAAACGUCAACGUGUCGCGAACGCGUGUGUCUGUGUGUGUGUGUGUCUGCCUAGCCUAUCUCUCUGCGCCACAGCGUGUACGUGUGUGUGUGUGUGUUUAAGCAAAUGUUGAAAGGCAGCAUGGCCCGAAAAGGCAGCACACAAAACCCGUGCAUACUUUAAUGAUUUUUGCGCGUGUGUGUGCAAAACGAGCAUGGAAAAGAAUAAAAUGUAAAUUGAAUUUUGUGAGCGCGAUGUUAAUUUGAAAUUGCAAAACAACAACAACAACACCAAAGGCAGCAGCAGCAGCAGCAGCAAAAUGUGUAAAACUGUGAAAACGUGCACGAAAUGCAAAAGAAAAUUCCAAUAGCCGCAACUACAAUCAAACGUUGGGCAGGCAACCAGGCAAAAUCAAAAGCGUGUGGAUAGUGAGCGAAGCAGAGCGUGAAGAGAGAGAGAGGGAGUGGAGAGGAAGUCUAAGAACGCCGCUGUUGGCUUCAGAAUUUGCACGCCCGGGCCCCACGCAACGGUGAUGUGGGACACAUCCCGCAACGGGCAAUGCAACAACCCCAACGUUAUAUACCGUCUGUAUCUGAUUUAUAUGGCACGGACGAGAUAGAACUGCUGCUGGACGAGAUACGCGAGUUGGAGCUGGAGCCGGUCUGCUGUCAGCUGGACGAUGAGCAGGAUUUUGAAAUAGCUGGCAGCAGGGCCGGCGAGCUCUCACUAUCACUCGAAUCGCCAUUGGGCACAUGCACCUCAUGGGACUCGCAUGCCAACUACAAACAGCAACAACCAUCACCGCUGCCAUGGGGAGUUGCCCUACACUGUGAUCCGCAACAUUUGAAAACGCCUACAGGGAUUGUGCGCAUACUAUUGGUGUUGUCCUCGGCCGUCUGUCUGGCCUGCGAAUGCUCCGCGGGCACAGUUCAGGUGGGCCUGUUUCUACUGCCACUCAUCGGACGCCUGAGAUUGAUGGUCUUCUGUGCACUCUUCUCACUACUUAUCACAUGUCUCAUGCUCUUUCUGGAUAUAUCGCAUAUAGCGCUAAUGUUUCCGUUCAACUGGACGAAAGUGAAUACGUGGAUGUACCUGAGUAUUGGUUUAAUAUUUAUUUUGAGCUCCACGCUGCUCGUCCACAUGGUGCUGUAUGCGACUGAGUAUACAUGGGUCUCCAAGCACUCCAAGGAUACGCUGCUAGCCACAGGAAUCAUUGGCUAUAUAUGCGCCUUGGAAGCAUUACUAAUAUCGGGUAUUGCCUCUUGGCCUUGGUCGCAGUAUCGCCAGGUGCCCGACGAUCUUAGCGAGCUGUUUAUCGAGGAUCGCGAAAUGACGCCCAUGAGUCCUAUAAACAGCACCGAUCUGCAGCUGCAGCCUGAGUCAGGCCAUAGUUUGGCGCCGUAUCAGCAAAGCAGCCAUAUAAAUGGCAAUGCAACGGCGUCCGAUGCCUAUAACCAACAACAACAACAACAACAAUCGUCCUAUAAUCAAAAGCCUUAUAUACCUGCCAAACGACCCAAUGAGCUAAACCAGCGUCCAACAUUGGGUCACACACAAACCGCACGCAUUAAACCGAAUCAGCGAUAUCGCGAGGGCUAUCAUUAUCAGCCGGUUGCGUCAACGUCCCGCCAGAGUCCCACAUACCCAGGCGAUGAGAUGGUUGUCGGUCUAACCACAUCCCGUUCCAUUGAUAAUUCUAGUGCGUGAUAGUUUUUAUUCCUCAAUUGCAACAAAGCAAAUUUAUAUAUGAACAACCUACAACAAAAUGAAAAACAAAAACAACAACAGCAUGUUUCCAGCAAUAUAUAGAACGUAAAGGUUGCAUUUUUUGGGUCAAGUAAGAAAUUGUUGAUUAGUUUAAAAGCAAACAAACAAAACCAAAAACAAAAAACUCGACAAGCAGCAAACAAUAAUUAAUU